CGGGAGAACAGCGCUCACUGUGUUCAGGGGGAUUCCUAGCGGCACCAUAAUGGGAGUCAUGUGGAUCCACUCUCUGCAAGACAAAAAACGACCUUAUCUCAUCCGUCCUUUAAGAACGUCUCCGGGUUGGUAAGGAGACGCGUUCGUCGACCUAUGAAGAGCGUCCCGUCGAGCGUGUCAACCAUUAGAGGAGGGUACACGUCGCAUCACACCACGACGGGACUCCAUUUAGGCUGAAGUCAGACUGGGGGGGCCAAGCGUUUACCAUCGCAGCCAUGGAGCCGUUUGUUGCAGCUUAACCUUCUGCAUGGAAAGCGCCAGGCGGAUUGAAACAUGUACAAACACGCAUCUCCUCAGAGGAGCGAUGAGGCGGUCCAGGGUCUCGCUGUCGCCUCCUCCAAAACAUCUGCGUCCUUUGUCGCCGUCAGCGUCACAAUAUGGUUUAUCAUGGCUCAGAUGUGCCAGGGUCAACUGAGGGCACAGCUCGGGACAACCCCCAACAUUAAACACAUUGUGGUUGGAAGGUGUUACACCUACGUCACAAUAGUCAACCCCAGCUUAAGUUACGACUGUGAGGAGAUCUGGAGACAGUUUGAGGAGGCGGUGGUCCAUCAGUCUUCUUGUAACGUCUCAGUGGAGGAUUAUUAUCAGAUGUUUAAUGUGAUGCCACAGAUCUGGCCUUGCAACAGGUUCCUGUUCUGGAGUAAAACCAGGACACUGAUGCACAGCUACGCAGCUGUUUUCCGGCACUUCUGGACGCUGGAGGACACACUGGUCGGCUACAUGUUCAAUGACCUCAUCUGGUGUGGCCAAGACGAGGACUCGGGUUUUGAUUUCAGCUCUUGUCCGAACUGGUCAGCAUGUAGAAACCAUCCAGUCUACUCUCUGUGGAGACAAGCCUCGCAAAAUUUUGCAGAGACGGCGUGCGGAAACAUCACUGUGUUACUGAAUGGAUCUAUUGUUAACGCCUUCAACAGGAAAAGCAUGUUUGGAAGUGUUGAACUGGACAACCUGAAUCCUCAGAGGGUGGAUUAUGUCAACAUUAAGGUGGUGACCGACCUAAAAGGACCCCAUAUAGAAUCAUGUAGUCAUGGAUCCAUUGUGGACCUGAUCCAGAUCCUCCAGUCCAGAGGUUUCCGCUGGACCUGCACCGACAACGACCAGACCCUGAUGAUCCUUCAGUGUAUCCAGGACCCCAAGCAGUCGUCCUGCCAGACGUGUGCAAACAGCCUCCAACACAGAACGAGCAUAUCGUCCGACUGAAUGCCACUCCGUGUAGUCUGAUGCUGGUAUUUAUACUGGGUGAAGGUGGAAUUAAGGUCACUGUUAAAUAAGCAAACAGCCGACACUGUGAAUGCUGACAUCUCGAGACAAAGGUCAGAGAUCGGCAGCUCCAAUGAUUUCUUGAAUGAGAUGUGUGUUCAGAUUAAGUCUUUGCAGAAAAACCCUGAGUGUCUGUUUUCCAAGAGCUCCGGGCGUACUCUCAGCAGGAUUGUGUUGGGUGCAAAAGAUCAGUCAUGAAAUUAUUUGAACACAGCCCCUUUGGUGGUCAGAUAUUGUCGGGUUAAAAACCUGCUUGGAUGAGUGCUGGUGAUGAGUGGGGCUCUGAAGCACGUUAAUAAUAAUAAUAAUAAUAAUUUCUAAAACACCAGUUUGUCGUGCUGUCUGUUUUUAUGGUGACCAAAGAUCACAGAGGAUGCAGUGCAAGCCCUGAACAUUAAAAUAUUCUGUGAUAGUUUGGAGAAUAUUUUUUUAAAAACGUUGGUUUCAGUAGCAAGUAUCACAAUACAGCGUGCUCAGCUUUCAUGAAUAUAAAGCUUCAGGGUGGAACACACCCACAUGAAACUUGAGUUGUUUGCUUUGUUUUGCCGUUUCCCGUUCAUAUCGAAACCACAGUUUGGAGUUUGAUCUGAUCUUGGAACCAUAACGUACUUAUCGCCUACUCUGCCACUUCAUUUAUUAUUUAUUUAUGAGGUCAUUCCAGUAGGACACAUCUUAGACAUGCCUGUAUUACUGAGCAAUUAAGUCGUUAUAAAAACUGGGACGACAAACCUGUUUACUGGAGCGGCUAACCUUUACUUCUGACUCCCUCGCUUUGCGCUCUGUGGCGUUUCUCAACACGUUCGCUAUUGACAGCUUUUUCAUGACCUUUGAAUUAUAGCCCACAAACAUCCUUCAGCAUAUCUAUUAUUAACCCACUUACUCGCUCGACACAAAACAUCGUGGACAUGUUUAUGCUUGCACCACGCAUACAUUUUUGUGCUUUUUUGAAUAACUUCCAUCCUGAAUUGCACUGCGGCCAAUCAGAAGGUGUCUGUAUCUAGAACUGUGGUUACUGUAAGUUAUUAAAAAGCACGUUUGAUGGAUCUAUUGUGGGUUCAUAUCUGAAUGUUUACACUUCAGAUUUUGAAGUUUAACUGAAUUUAGAGCUGCAAAAAUAUAUAAUGUAGCCUAUUUAAUUAUUUACCAUUUAUUUUGUUGUCUUGUUGUUAAAGGCGUCCAUUAGUGAGCAUUUACACCCUCCACAAGGAAGUGCAAUGUACAGAUAAUGCAUCUUAUUGAACUUUAAAUAGCUUUAUUGCUGUUAUUGAAGUAUUGUUGUUUUGGUUGGUACCAUUGGGGGCAGGCUCGUUUAAUCGUUAUAUAUUUAAUCAUUCAUAUUUUAUCUUUUUAUGUGUCUGUUAUUAACCUCAUCAUUCCUAAUGUCCUAGAUAUGGGCCUUUCACAAUAAAAGUCUUUAUUUUUGUUUCUUAGAGGCAGUGGUGAAAGAGGUAUGCAUUAGGUAAUGACAUUACUCUCUGCACACAAAUACUCAAUUUCAAAUGAUUCAGAUUUAAAAGUGCACAAAGUAAAACCACAGAAAUAUUUGCAAUUAAAUGUUAUUUGUUGUUGGGUGAAAUGGAGCUAAUAACUCAUCUACUCCACUGUUUAGCGUAUAUGUACAACAAUGCAUCAUAUAAACUGCUAUAUUUUCAUAUAUGUUUGCAGUUUUGAUCUGAAUUGCUCACUAAUUAUUAAAAGUAAAAGUAGUUCCAAUUGAUACAAACUUACUUGGACUUCUGCUGCUUUAAACAUGUACUCCACCAUUUCAGAGGGAACUAUUGUGCUUUUUAUUCCACUGCUUAAUAAAUAAGCAAACAUAUUAGCGCAUUUGUCCGAUAAAUGUAUAUCAAUAUUAUUUUGUUUAUUUAUUUUAAAGGUCUCUUCA